GAAUGAUUUAGUAAAUAAGUGACUGUAACUAAAGAAUCAACGUUUUUUCUCUUUUUUUUUGACAAUUUCUUUGAAAUGGGAUGUGAUUUACCAACUGUCAAAUAUGCGGUCUUCCUAUUCAAUACAAUUAGUGCGGUAGGUUCGAAUCUGAAAUUGUAUUCAAACUAAAGUUUUCCAAUUGUUUUCGAGAGUGAGAGAGAGUGUUAAUAAUAAAGUGUGGAAAGUAACUAAUUUCAUCUAUAUGCUUUUUAAACUGAAAAUAAAACAAUUAGUUGAUAUUAACAAAUAUCUUAUCAGAAUAACAACAAAAACAACUAUAAAAAUACAAAUCAAUAUUUUAAACAUUUUCAAAAUAAACAGUUAAAGGAAAAGUUAAAAACUUAGCUAUUCAAAACUAACGCGAUUAGUGAAGAAUUAACAUUUAUUUGGUUCACAACGAACUCUAAUUGUUUUAAACAGAAUAAAAUAUUUAACAAAAAUUUAAUAAUUAUAAAUUCAAAAUGAGUUGUGCAACAGCAACAAUUAAAUAUUUGGUUUAUAUUUUCAAUAUAUUAUGCGCCAUACUCGGUAUUGGCGCCAUAGUGGUUAGCGUUAAAGCAUUGGAUAACUAUGACGAAGAUGGACGUACGAUUUGUAUUUUCUUGAUAGUAUUUGGAUCUAUUGUUUUCUUAAUUUCGUUCCUUGGUUGCUGUGGUGUCGUUCGGGAAAAUAUUUGUUUAACAUGGAUGUAUGCUAUCUGUUUGUUACUUUUGGUUAUUGGAAAUGCCAUUAUAUUAUUUGGCUUUAUUACGCAUAUUGAUGGUGAGACUGAAGCUCGCAAGGAAAUAAAUAAAGCCUGGGCAAAGCAAUUGAAUGGCGACGAUGCCAUGUAUAAAUAUCAGACUAAUUUAAAAUGCUGUGGUAUAAACAACUCGACCGAUUACAUUAAUGCCAAUUUAACAAUUCCCAAUAGUUGUUUCGUCGGUGGCGAUUAUGACAAAUCAAAAAUUGUUUACUCUGAAGGUUGCUUAGCGAUUUUGAUUGUCCUCUAUGAAGCCGCUGAGCACUGGAUAACAAUUUUCUCCUGGUCUAGUUUCUGUACAGAGGUGGUUGCAUUUAUAUCGGCCUGUGUUUUGGCCAUAACAUUUGGAAAUCAACAGCGUAGAGCUCGAUAUUAGUGUUGUAAUUUAGCAAUAAGUUUAAUUAAUAAUUUGAGUGUUUUAAUAUGUUUUUUAUAAAUACUAUUUUUAAUACAAGUAUUAUUCCUUUACAAUAAAGAUAUUGAUAACAAUAUA